AUGACGGAUUUGCUUCUUGAUCCUGCCAUCAGAAAAUGGGUAUUUGUGCCAAUAGUCAUCAUUACUUUUUUAAUUGGUAUCGUAAAGCAUUAUAUAACCUUAUUGUUGAUGAAUAAAAAGAAGGUAGAAAUAGAAAAUGUUGCUGACGCUCAAUAUCUUCUACACUCCAGACUAUUGAGAGAGAAUGGAAGAUUCCUUCCCAAAUCUUCUUUCAAUUCUCGAAGAGCUUUCCUAGCUGCUGAAGAUGAAGGAUAUUUAUCAAAGGCUAUGCAAAGACCAAGUAAAGGCGCCAAUGCCAUGGACCCCACUCAUAUGACAGAAAUGCUGAAAGGUAACAUGAUGCAUAUGGUUACUGUUAUGGUAGUUGGAGGAUGGAUUAACUGGACAUUCUCUGGAUUCGCCACAACAAGGGUACCAUUCCCUUUGACAUUGAAGUUCAAAGCUAUGAUGCAACGUGGUGUAGAUUUGGUAUCAUUAGACUCUGCCUGGGUUUCCUCGGCCUCUUGGUACUUCCUCUGCAUGUUCGGCUUAAGAUCUAUUUACACAUUAGUGCUCGGAGAAGAAAAUGCUGCAGACCAAAGUAAAGCCAUGGAAGAUCAGAUGAGCGGAGCAGCCAUAAACCCUCAGCAAGAUCCUAAAGCUCUCUUCAAAGCUGAGUGGGAAGCGUUGCAGAUGUACCAACAUCAAUUUGCUCUCUAA